AUGGUCUGGGACAUUUCCACAGGAGCCAGGUUGCAUACUCUGCAGGACAGCGAGGUAAACAUGCUCAGCCUGCAGGACCUGGUCGUCGACCAUGCGUCUUCCACCGAGGGCGAGAUCAGUCUCAUCAGCGCCAGCAGCGACCCGCACAUCCGCCGGUGGAAGAUCCGGCUCGACGGGUGGGAGCAGCUUGCUGAAACGUCCCCCGACGCCCCAGGCACGGACCGCCGGACUAUUCUGGAACACGAGACGACCGUCUACAAGCUCGCGCUCGACCGCGACAGCGACGAGGUUGAUCUCUGGACGUCGAGCGGCGACGGCACUGCGAAGUGUCUGUCGAGGAUGAGGAACUUCACCUGCGAGGACACCUUUCACCACGGAGACCACGUGCGUGCUGUGGCGGUUACGGAGAAGUGGGUGAUCACGGCUGGCAGGGACGAGGACAUCAAGUUCUGGGACCGGACGUCGGGCAAGCUCUAUUGCUCCCUUGUGGGACACUACGACGAGGUCACAGAACUGGUCGUGCUCAGGGGCCCGAGCGGGUCGGGCGACCGGGUCUGCAGCGUGAGCAUUGACGGUACAGUCCGGACAUGGCCUCUGGAGAAGGCCGGCUUGGACGCCGCGUUGGAGGAGCAGAAGAAGCCCGCUGAGGAAGGUCAGAAGGAGGUCGGUGGUGAGGGCCUGCUAAGCGCCGAAGAGGAAGCCGAGCUUGCCGCCCUCAUGGAGUAA